AUGGAUCGCUACAGCCCGGAGCUGCAGCAGAGGAUCCGCGACCUCGCCAACUGGCCCAUGGACAAAGAUGAGGUAUGUGAGGUCUGGACCGAAAUCCUCAAAUUCUACUUUCCCAUCUCCCAGACUGACAGGCCUGCCAACAACGAGUACGCCAUCACGGCCGCGCCCAGCACCAUCCUCCCCUUCGUUCAAUUGUCCGUCGCCACGCAGCUAGGUACGUUUGAAAACACCCGCUUCCUCGCCCUUCACUGCAGAAGCUCUCCGAGACAAGGUGCGGAACCGCCCUCGCGCCAUGCCGAAGAUCGGCUGAGAUUGCAGCUGACCGAGACACUGACAGUCAUUCCAAUUCACGAUGGGCUUGAAAUACAUGGUGCCAUCACUUUCGGUCCGCGGAUUCGGUUCUACCGGUUGAUGGCGAACGGUAUCUUUGGCUGUUGCCUCUGGGGCGGAAGAGACAGCCUGCAUGUCCUUCAAGAUCAUCUUCUCAUUGCUCAGCACCUGGAGGAGAUCAAGAGCGACUGGCUCUCAGUCUAUGUGCCGGGGCGUUAG